CCAUGUCAGCUCUAGCCCCUUCGGCUGCGCGGCGUGCUUGUGCAACUCGGGAGAAAAAUAAGGGUACCCGGUUUUUUUUUUUGUUGUUGACCGGUCUGCAGUAUUCGAUACGCUGCGUUACUAGCAAGGAUUUGCUGCUGCCCCGCCGACGUAAAAUGCUGUGUUUGUGAGCGACUUCACUUUGUUGCGCGUAUUUCCAGGGAGCGGGGGUACUGAAAGAGGCGCUAUUGACAAACUCGCUGUUGUAACACUCGGAAUCGGUCGGAGGCCCCGGGUCGUUUGUUGGCGUUCAUGUGCUACGGGUAAUUUUUCGUAAAUGCUUUCCAAAGGAAAACGCCAUAAAAGACAGAGUCUUGCUCAAGCCUCCCUCGUUGCGGGAAUAUGUUUGCUCGCUGGCUGACAUUUGCACUUAUUCGGGGAAGUUUGUUCGCAGGUCCAGGUCAGGGGGAGGUGGGCACUAGAGAAUGUGUUUAUUACAACGAUAACUGGCGGGCAGAGAGAACCAAUCAGAGUGGCUAUGAGCGAUGUGAGGGAGAGAAGGACAAGCGGCAGCAUUGCUAUGCGUCCUGGCUCAACUCUUCGGGAACCAUCCACUUGGUCAAGAAGGGAUGCUGGCUUGAUGACUUCAACUGCUACGACAGACAGGAGUGUGUGGCCACUGAGCAAAGCCCUCAGGUCUUUUUCUGCUGCUGUGAGGGAAAUCACUGCAACGAAAGAUUCACACACCUUCCUGAGGCAGUUGCUCCAGCAGUGAAGAUCCAGCCUCCAUCAGCAGGGUCGUCUAUGCUGGGCGUGCUGGUUUACUCUCUCCUACCACUGGUUGCUCUUUCUCUGGCCCUGGUACUAGCCUGCUGGACCUACCACCAGCGCAAGCCACCCUACGGCCAGGUGGACGUUGGCCAGGAUGUAGGACCUGCUCCUCCCUCACCUCUGGUGGGUCUGAAGCCACUGCAGUUGCUGGAGUUGAAAGCCAGGGGGCGCUUUGGGUGCGUUUGGAAGGCCCAGCUACUAAGUGAAUAUGUGGCAGUCAAGAUAUUCCCCAUUCAGGACAAGCAAUCAUGGCAGAAUGAGAGAGAAAUUUACCUGACAGAGGGAUUGAGGCACGAGAACCUGCUUCGCUUCAUCUCUGCUGAGAAACGAGGAACCAACCUGCAGAUGGAGCUCUGGCUCAUCACAGAGUUUCAUGAGCGGGGUUCUCUGACAGAUUACCUGAAGGGGAACACAGUGACAUGGGUUGAACUGUGCCACAUUGCCGAGAGCAUGGCCCGAGGUCUGGCCUACCUUCACGAGGAUCUCUCCUACAGACUGGAGCUGCCAAAGCCUGCCAUCGCACACAGGGACUUUAAGAGUAAGAAUGUUCUGCUCAGGAAUGAUUUGGCAGCUGUUAUUGGGGACUUUGGCUUGGCAGCACGCUUUGAACCAGGCAAACCGCCAGGGGACACUCAUGGCCAGGUUGGCACUAGGCGCUAUAUGGCCCCAGAGGUGCUAGAGGGCGCCAUAAACUUUCACAGGGAUGCGUUUUUGAGGAUUGAUAUGUAUGCUCUGGGCCUGGUGCUUUGGGAGCUGCUGUCCCGCUGCACUGCUUCUGAUGGGCCCGUGGAUGAGUACCUGCUUCCCUUUGAGGAGGAGGUUGGCCAGCACCCAUCUCUGGAGGACCUACAGGACGUAGUGGUCCAUAAGAAGAUGAGACCCAUCCUGAAGCCCUGCUGGCUCAAACAUGUGGGUUUGGCUCAGAUGUGUGAGACAGUGGACGAAUGCUGGGACCAUGACGCUGAAGCUCGCUUGUCUGCAGGCUGUGUGCAGGAACGCAUCUCGACCAUUACCCGGGCAACCAGUACCAACAGCAGUUCUACCUCGGAAUGCCUGGUGUCCAUGGUUACUUUAGACAGCGACUCAGAACUACCACCCAAAGAGUCCAGCACAUGAACCAGAAUUUAGAGGCCAGUGCACCAUGGUUCAGUAUCCAUAAUGACUGAAUAGACAUCGUAAAGACUGUCCAAUAAUGUGAACUCUGCUGCUGUUUUGAUCGUGUGCUUGGGUUUUGGGGGGAUUGAAUGAGUUUGUUUUUACAUGUCUGAUCAGUUUCAGCAACCUCACACUAAGUCUACUGUAUUUUUCCAUUUGGAAAGCACAAAUUUACAACAAGAAAGCGGACUCCUCACAGGACAUUCAGGUGAGCACUUCACAGUGCUGUAGCAUUAGCACACGUUACCUCGUCUGUUUCGAAUGUAUUUUAGAAUUUAAGUGUGAUUUUGUCUUUUAAGGGUUUUUUUUUCUCUAACUUUUAUCUGCCUUCACUCCACCAAUACCUCCAUCCAAAGGCCUAUGAAAACCACAUUCCUCAUUUGUUUGUGCCGCCAUGAUGGAUUAGUCAGUGAACUAGUAAAAUGGAGGCCAAUUGAAAGACUGUUAAACAAAAGCUUCCCUUUUUUAAAAAAAAAAACCUUUGCAAUCUUUUCUUAAAGUUUUCAUGAUUUAUCUCUUUGCCUGUCUGUUUUGUUUUAUGAAGGCUAAAAAGCUUGUUUGGGAUUCAGCACAGCACUGGAAUUGUCAGACAGCAAGACUGUGUUAAUUUUCUUCAGUUGAGGCGCCAACAUCUUACAUGCUUAGAGCCUCAGAUUGUCUGAUUUUUAGAUGCUUAGAGCCUCGGAUUGACUGACUGAUCUUGGUGUUUUCAUCCGUCUGAGUAUUCCAUAUUUCAGAGGUGUUGGAAUAUAGACAUGGACAUGUUGGAUGUUGCCCUAGGAUUCCCUGGACUCCCGUUGGUUACCUGAAAACAAGUGUAGCAUCUGCAGGCUAACGGGAAAAUUGUGGCACAGAAUAAAAUGGUCCUUUGUUUCUAGAAAGGUGGGAAUGAUUUACAACAUGCUUGAUUCAGUACUACUCCCACACGUUCUGCUUGGUAGGGCGGUCGUCUCAGAUAUUCGGGGUAAGAGCAAGACGUGUGUUUGUGCAGACAGGUGCUGCUUGUAUAAUGAGCAAUAGCACUAACAUCAGGAUAAAAAAGGGAGUGUUUGCGAUCUGUUACAGUUCUCAGGUAAAUGCAGGUGUGUAGUCUAAUCUUUUAAGUGUCUUGCAUGUAUGUCUAGCGUUUUAAGCUCUUAGCAAUAGACUGGAGCAGUAGGGUCCUGUCAGUAGAACGACGCACAGAUUGCGCCCUUGUGUUGUAUGCAAAGACUUCGCCAUGCAACAAAGAAUAAACAUUCAUUGUGCUGCUGUGUAGUCAGGGUUGGCACUCGGCGUGUUUGCUGCUGGGUGCUUCUGUUUUGUAUGUGGUCAGAUCCCUUUGAAACGAGAGAUGAUUAAUAUUAUAAAGAACCAAGUUCAUUACAAUAGAACAACCUUGACCUUUAUUUAAAAAGUAUGCUACUUCUGUUUCCCCUCUCCCCUCCCCUGUUCAGUUUGGUUUUUGUUUGGUUUUGCUGGUAGAAAUGAUGGUAUUUAAAUGUUUAGCUACUUUUUAAUAUAUAUUUGACCUUUCUUUUUAUUAAAGAAAGUGAUUUUGAUUUUUUAUUUGUUUUUUUGUUUUUGUUUUUUUUAAGAAAGUGCUGGGUUUUUUUAUGUGCUCACAGUGUACCUAAUGUAAAGACUAGAGGUCCGUGUGGUUGUGCAUAGUGAGUACAUGCAAUAGCAGUUGAUUCUCAUAGUAUUGUUACUUUUUUAUUCUACAAAAGGUGUAACCUACCUCAUUUUAACCACUCUGGAAUAAUGGUGACCUUUCCAAAUGUUUUCUUCAGCUAUGUUUGUAUUUAUGUGAUGUAUAUUUUAGUGUAGGUAUACAGUAGCAUCCUGCCUAACCUCUACCUGAGCCAGUUUUGAUAAGCUUGACUAAUGUCCACAUAGGUUUACGCUGAGAUCGUGGAUUUGAGUUUAUGAAGUACCACAGCUGUACGCAGAUUGGUGUGUGCCAAAUUGAGUAUUUACUGACCUUGACAUGGGUCAAUUUUUAAGCCACUGAUCCAGUACACUCCAAAAGGAAUGGUACUGUGAGCUCGAUUGUCAUAAAAUGAUGUUAGUCUGCCUUACACUGGCGAGGUACAUGUGCCCUGUGUGUGGUGCUCUCCCAAGUAGAUCUCCAGUGGCAGGGAAGAUACCAGAAGUGAAAGCAAUUUGUUUUGUUUUUGUUUUUACUUGUUCUUCAGUUUAUUCAUUGCUGCUUGUGUAAUUCUUUUGUCUUGUCCUUUGCUGGGUUGUUUUAUUGAUAUUAUUAUUAUUAUUAUUAUUAUUAUUAUUAUUAUUAUUCAUUUUUUCCCCCAUUCAAUAUUUCAUUUA